CAAAAAUCCAUUUGUGAAGGUCACGCUGAACCUCCUGAAGAAGAUGAAGCAGGAGGAGCUGGCUGAACGUCUGGAAAGCAAACAUGUUACAUCCAUUUGUCAACGUGAACUUAAAUCUGGUCUGAAGAAGAGUUUCCAGUGUGUGUUUGAGGGGAUCGCUAAAGCAGGAGGUCCAACCCUUCUGAACCAGAUCUACACAGAGCUCUACAUCACAGAGGGAGGGACUGGAGAGGUCAAUGAUGAACAUGAGGUCAGACAGAUUGAAACAGCAUCCAGGAAACCACACAGACCAGAAACAACCAUCAGACAAGAAGACAUCUUUAAAGUCCCACCUGGAAGAGAUCAACCAAUCAGAACAGUGAUGACAAAGGGAGUGGCUGGCAGUGGGAAAACAGUCUUAACCCAGAAGUUCACUCUGAACUGGGCUGAAGACAAAGCCCACCAGAACAUCCAGUUCAUAUUUCCAUUCACCUUCAGAGAGCUGAAUGUGCUGAAAGAGAAAAAGUUCAGCUUGGUGGACCUUGUUCAUCACUUCUUUACUGAAACCAAAGAAAUCUGCAGCUUUGAACACUUCCAGGUUCUGUUCAUCUUUGAUGGUCUGGAUGAGAGUCGACUUCCUCUGGACUUCCACAACAAGGAGAUCCUGACUGAUGUUACAGAGUCCACCUCAGUGGAUGUUCUGCUGACAAACCUCAUCAGGGGGAACCUGCUUCCCUCUGCUCUCCUCUGGAUAACCACACGACCUGCAGCAGCCAAUCAGAUCCCUCCUGAGUGUGUUGGCAUGGUGACAGAGGUCAGAGGGUUCACUGACCCACAGAAGGAGGAGUACUUCAGGAAGAGAUUCAGAGAUGAGGAGAAGGCCAACAGGAUCAUCUCCCACAUGAAGACAUCACGAAGCCUCCACAUCAUGUGCCACAUCCCAGUCUUCUGCUGGAUCACUGCUACGGUUCUGGAGGAUGUGUUGGAGACCAGAGAGGGAGGAGAGCUGCCCAACACCCUGACUGAGAUGUAUGUCCACUUCCUGGUGGUUCAGACCAAACUGAAGAAGAUCAAGUAUGAUGGACGAUCUGAGACAGAUCCACACUGGAGUCCAGAGAGCAGGGAGAUGAUUGAGUCUCUGGGAAAACUGGCUUUUGAUCAGCUGCAGAAAGGAAACCUGAUCUUCUAUGAAUCAGACCUGACAGAGUGUGGCAUCGAUAUCAGAGCAGCCUCAGUGUACUCUGGAGUGUUCACACAGAUCUUUAAAGAGGAGAGAGGGCUGUACCAGGACAAGGUGUUCUGCUUCGUUCAUCUGAGUGUUCAGGAGUUUCUGGCUGCUCUUUAUGUCCAUCUGACCUUCAUGAACUCUGGUGUCAAUCUGAUGGUAGACCGAAAAAAAAAAGUUUCUUCUUGGUCUAAGUUAAUUAAGAAAUCAAAUCUAACAAGUCUCCAUCAGAGUGCUGUGGACAAGGCCUUGCAAAGUCCAAAUGGACACCUGCACUUGUUCCUCCUCUUCCUCCUGGGUCUUUCAGUGGAGACCAAUCAGACUCUCCUGCAAGGUCUGCUGACAAAGACAGGAAGUAGCUCACAGACCAAUGAGGGAACAGUUCAGUACAUCAAGAAGAAGAUCAAUGAGAACUUGUCUGCAGAGAAAAGCAUCAACCUGUUCCACUGUCUGAAUGAACUGAAUGAUCGUUCUCUGGUCCAGGAGAUCCAACAGUCUCUGAGUUCAGGAAGUCUCUCCACAGAUAAACUGUCUCCUGCUCAGUGGUCAGCCCUGGUCUUCAUCUUACUGUCAUCAGGAGAAGAUCUGGAUGUGUUUGACCUGGAGAAAUACUCUGCUUCAGAGGAGGCUCUUCUCAGGCUGCUGCCAGUGGUCAAAGCUUCAAACAAAGUUCUAUUGAAGAACUGUAACCUCUCAAAGAGAAGCUGUGAAGUUCUGGCUUCAGUUCUCAGCUCCCAGUCCUCUAAUCUGAGAGAGAUGGACCUGAGUAACAACAAGCUGAAGGAUUCUGGAGUGGAGCUGCUGUCUUCUGGACUGAAGAGUCCAAACUGCAGACUGGAAACUCUCAGACUUAGAUCCUGUAACCUCUCAGGGAGAACUUGUGAAGUUCUGUCAUCAGUUCUUAGCUCCCAGUCCUGCUGUCUGAGAGAAGUUGACCUGCAGAACAACAACCUACAAUAUUCAGGGGAGAAGUUGCCGUCUGGUUCAGACUGUACACUGGAAAUAUUCAGGGAACCUGCUGGAGUCAGAUGGUUAAAAGAUCUGAGGAAGUAUUCCUGUCAGCUCACAAUCGACACAAACACAGCGAGCAGAGAGCUCAAAUUGUCCGAAGACAACAGGAAGGUGACAUGGUUUAAAAAGCCUCAGUCAUAUCCCGAUCAUCCAGACAGAUUUGAUGUUCCUCAGCUGCUGUGUAGUGAUGGUCUGACUGGUCGCUGUUACUGGGAGGUCGAGUGGAGUGGAGGAGUUUAUAUAUCAGUGAGUUACCGAGGAAUCGGGAGGACAAGACUCAUUAAUGAGUGUUUGUUUGGAUCUAAUGAUCAGUCCUGGAGUCUGACCUGCUCUGUUGGUGGUUACUCUGCCUUGCACAAUAACAGCGAAACAGCCAUUUCCUCCUCCUCCUCCUCCUCCUCCUCCAUCUCUAACAGAGUAGCAGUGUAUGUGGACUGUCCUGCUGGCAUUCUGUCCUUCUACAGAGUCUCCUCUGACUCACUGAUCCACCUCCACACCUUCAACACCACAUUCACUGAACCUCUUUAUCCUGGAUUCUGGAUCAGUUCUGGUUCCUCAGUGUUUCUGUGUUGAGUCUAAAGAGUCUCCUCCUGUCGGAGAAACACUCUCACUGUUGAACAGAUAGUUCAGUCUCUACAUGUUUAUCUCUUUCACUCAGAAAUAUUUUUCACAUUCAUUCACUUUCAUUCUGAAACUCUUGGAAAAGAUUCCUUGUAAACUUCGUCCUCUUCCAGUCCUAAAAAAUGCAAGCUGGGAUUAUUCCAGGAUCUAAAGGCUUUGUUCUGUUUCCAGUCAAAGCUUCAUUUAGAGUUAUUCCUUCAAUGUGCUUCUGAUGCUAUACCAAGACUGCUAACAUUUCUAUUUCCAAUCUUUUCUGUCAUGUUUCUUGUUUGUGUCACUAAUGUAGUUUUUCUUCAUUUGAUCUGAACAGUUUUGUAUUUUAGUCCCAGAUAAACAGGCUGCUUCAGGAUCUGUGGGCUGUGAAUUUCAGGGUUUCUGGAACUGAUUUGUGAUGAAAAAUGAUGACGUGAGUGGAGCAGCUGUUUUAACUGCCCAGGUGGUUGUUCAGUUCCUCACUGUUAGUAUCUGCUAUGUUUUAAUGAGCCAGAUCAGUUCACAAUAUGACUUCUGAUGAGACUGUUCCUAAAAGAAGAAUCAUUCCAGACUAUCUGUGGCUGAACUGCAGAUGAUGGAAAUGUAAAUAUUGGAGAAUAAAACAGUAUUUGCUACCAGU